GACAUAUGGCUGAAUUCAAAACAAUUUUUUUGCAUGGAUUUGUUGGGUUGCUUGCGUUUGUACUUCUUUUUGUUUUUGUUACUGGAGAGAGGGAUUUGAAAGAUGAAGUUAGAAUUGAAGAGGUGGAGGAGGUUCAAAUUGUAUCGGAUUAUUUUACGAGUGUAAAGAAUUUCCUUUGGAAUGCAAAUGUUGGAUCAGUUUAUGAACAUGUUUGGCCUGACAUGGAAUUUGGGUGGAGAAUUGUUGUUGGUUCGACGAUCGGAUUCUUAGGAGCAGCAUUUGGAAGUGUAGGAGGAGUUGGCGGUGGUGGGAUCUUUGUUCCUAUGUUUACCCUUGUUGUUGGGUUUGAUGCAAAAUCUGCAGCUCCAAUUUCUAAAUGUAUGAUCAUGGGUGCAGCUGCUUCAACUGUCUACUACAACCUUAAGCGAAGGCAUCCAACUAUCAAUAUGCCUAUUAUUGACUACAAUUUGGCACUCCUAAUCCAGCCAAUGCUCAUGCUUGGUAUUAGUAUUGGAGUUGCUUUCAGUGUGAUCUUUGCUGAUUGGAUGGUCACCCUUCUCCUAAUUAUUCUUUUCGUUACCACAUCAACCAUGGCAUUCUUCAAGGGUGUGGAGAAAUGGAAAAAGGAGACCAUAUUAAAGAAGGAGGCUGCGACCCGCUUGGAGUUGAAUGGUAGUGAAGAAGCGCUACUUAAGAAGCCAUUACUAAGUAGUCCUAGCCUUUUUGGUCAAAAGAUGAUGAAUGUUCCUCCUGGAGAAGAUGAGGAAGAGGUACCUAUUCUUGAAAAUGUUCAAUGGAGAGAAUUUGGCCUUCUUGUCUUCGUUUGGGUUGCGUUCCUGGUUUUGCAAAUUGUCAAGAAUAAUACAGAAACUUGUUCUACUUGGUACUGGAUUUUGAACUUACUGCAGAUACCUGUAUCUGUGGGGGUGACUUUGCACGAGGCAGUAAGCCUAUACAAGGGAAAGACGGUAAUUGCCUCUAAAGGAGCAGAGGGCAUGAACUUAAAAGUGCACCAAUUGAUUACAUAUUGCUUCUUUGGAGUAUUGGCUGGAAUGGUUGGCGGGCUCUUAGGUCUUGGAGGAGGCUUUAUUUUGGGUCCACUCUUCUUAGAGCUUGGCAUCCCUGCUCAGGUUUCGAGUGCCACAGCUACCUUUGCCAUGACAUUCUCCUCAUCCAUGUCAGUUAUUGAAUAUCACCUUCUACAUCGGUUUCCAAUCCCUUACGCGCUUUACUUCAUGGCAGUUGCUAUUCUUGCUGCCUUGGUUGGGCAACAUGUAGUAAGAAAGUUGAUCAAUUUCUUAGGACGCACAUCUCUCAUCAUUUUCAUUUUGGCAUUCACAAUCUUUAUGAGCGCAAUCUUCCUUGGUGGUACAGGUAUUGCAAACAUUUUCGUCAAGCUUCAUCAAAAGGAAUACAUGGGAUUUGAGAACCUAUGCAAAGCAUGAUGCUUCUUGGAACGGGUUUCUUUCUCUCUUCGUCGCCGAGUUCCUCUCCUUCCCCUUCAUUUUGUCACUCAUCUUGUGUUAAAAAGCGAAUAAGUUUGGGCUUUUCAUGUUUUUGUAUACCAAUUUUGUGAUUAAUUA